AUUGUGACCUCACUGUUUAGCGCAUGCGCUUUGCGACCGGAACGAGCUUCGUUCUCUUCCAAAACAGAUUAGACAACCGUGUGAGAGAGAAAAACAACAGCGCUUGAAUAAUUUCACGCGUAUUGGAUUGUUUUCAGCAACAUGGGAGGCGGUGAUCUUAACUUGAAGAAAAGCUGGCAUCCGCAGACGCUGAAGAACAUCGAGCGUGUGUGGAAAGCCGAGCAGAAGCACGAAGCCGAAAGAAAAAAGAUCGAGGAGUUGCAGAAGGAACUGAAAGAUGAGCGAGCUCGAGAGGAAAUCACGAAAUAUGCGCAGGAAACCGGCGCCGUAAAAAAAAAAGAUGAGAGACUGGACUGGAUGUACCAGGGCCCCGGAGGACAGAUCUCCCGCGAUGAAUACCUCCUGGGCCGUCCCAUCGAUAAGCAGAUCACAGAGCAGUACGAGGAACCCGAGAGUGGGCCGUCCGCUGAAACCGGCCUCUUGCCCGGCUCCAUCUUCAACUCUACCACCUCCGUCUCCACCCUGGACAUGGCCUGUAAGAUACGAGAGGAUCCGCUGUUCGAGAUUCGUAAACGAGAGGAGGAAAAAAAAAGGAGCGUUCUCACAAAUCCUGUUAAAAUGAAAGAGAUCCGCAAAAUGUUACGUGAAAAUAUAGAAAAAGACAAAAAGAAGAAAAGGAAGAAGGAUAAAAAGGAAAAGAGAGACGAUAAGGAAAGGAGGAAGGACAAGAAACACAAGCGGAGGAGUUCCAGCUCUGAUGAGGGAGACAGAAAGCACAGGUCAAAGGAGGAAAAUGGAUUCUCAAAGUCACAUUCACAUUCACAGAAAUCCGGUUACGGACUGCAGUUACCAGCAGGAGCAUGGUCGGAGUCGAGCCACAGGAGGGACCGGAGUCGCUCUCCACUGUGUUCCAGAGAAGAAAAGAGGAAUCGUUCACCUCACGAUCCAGACAGGAAACACAAACCUAAAGCGCAGAGUCCAAGCAGGCCCAGACAACGCUAUCAAAGACCACAGAGCACCAACUACAGCAAGCGUCUCUCGGCCGAAGAGCUGGAAAAAAGGAGGAAAGAGAUGAUCGAGUUCGCCAAUGAGAGAGAGAAGGAGAGAGAGAGCAAUGUGAAGAGGUACAAACGACAAGACGAGCAGGAGAAGGAGCGAGAUAGCAGGACCAAGCAGAGCGACCAGGCCACAUUCAUACAUAACAUGAAGCUGGAGAGUGCAGCUACCUCGUCUGUGGAGGAUCGGGUGAAGAGGAACAUCCACUCCAUUCAGAGGACCUCUGCCUCUCUGGAGAAGAACUUCAUGAGAAGAUGAGCGGCGAUAAAAAAAAAUGUAAUAAAACAGGAAAAAAUUGGAUUGUCUUUGUCAUGCGUUGUAUUCUGACCUUUUUUUUUUUUACUCAUUUUAAUCAUUCAUUUCUGUAUAUUUUUGUAUUUUUAAAGAGAUUAAAAAAAUCCAUGUACUGUAUUUUAUUCAGUGUACAGAAUCCUCAUGUCGCAAAUACACAAUCAUUGUAUUUAUCUAAAUAAAAUCAGCAGUGAAAUGUC